UGGAUUAGGUGGCAUCGCCUUUGAAGAUUUUUGCUGCGGAUCUUGUACUGUACUUACACUCAUGGGCAAUUUUGAGAUCAGGGUUUGAUUGCUACACUGGAUCCUUGAUUGUGGUCACCUCUAAACUGCAGCACUGAAAACAAUGGCAACAGAAUGUAUAAAAAACUGCUGUAAAUGGUGUUUCUGCGUGGAAAAAGAAAAAAAUGAUCCAGUUUCCAUGGUGCAGGAAUCUGAAGCAGUAGCCGCAAGCAAGCCAACUAUUGUAGAGAAGCCUCCAUUGUCUUCUGUGUCAGUGAAGCGUCAAGUUGGCUGUUCAGAGGACUAUCUGCGUUCUAAACUGCCCCUGGAUGGUCAGGAGGUACCAUUUGUGGUCCCUCCAUUCAAAUUGGCUUAUGUACAGCCGAAGAACCUUCCCAGUAUCUCACAUGCUGGAGGGAUUCAAGAAUCUGCCAGAGCCUCGUUUGGUGACCGGAAAGCAGAACUGCACGGCGUGUACCAAUGGCCCCGCUAUGACGUGUACAACCCCUUCUAUUUGGAGCAUCGGGUCUCGCCAGAUCUGAUUAGGCGCUUCCAAGCAAAAUCAGAUAAUAGGAAAUUAUAUGGAUCAGUUAGUGAUUUAAGAUCUAGCACUUUGCCUGGAUCAUUUGAUGUAAGUCGUUCAAUGUUUGAUCUCAGAAGCCCACCUCAUCGAUUCAUGAAGAGAUACGAUUCAUUCUCCAGUGUACCUAGCAGUACUUCUUCCAGAAAGGAUUCACAAGGCAGUAACAGGAGUCUAGAUACUAUUACAUUAUCAGGUGAUGAACGGGACUUCGGAAGACUGAACGUGAAGUUGUGUUAUGUUUCUUCCGUAGAACAGAUUUGGAUCACAGUUUUACAUUGCAAAGACCUGAGCUGGCCUUCUAGCUGUGGGGAAAAUCCUCGUAUCUCUGUCAAAGGAAUUCUCACAUUGCCCAAACCAGUGCAUUUCAAAUCUUCUGCUAAGGAAGGAUGCAAUGACAUUGAAUUUAUGGAAACUUUUGUAUUUGCAAUUAAACUGCAAAGCCUGCAGGCUGUGAGAUUGGUAUUUAAAAUCCAGACACAGACUCCCAGGAAAAAAACAAUUGGAGAGUGCUCCUUGGCACUGAGGGAGCUCAGCUCAGAGGAGUCAAGUCAUUGGCUGGAUAUAUCUCCUCCUUCCAAAGCACCUGUGUGCCGCGCAGAACUUCAAGUAGGAACUUGUUUUCAAGCAAUAAACAGGAGGAUUCAGUUACAGAUUCUUGAAGCACAAAACCUUCCAGUUUCAUCUACACUGCUCUCUUCAAAUUUCUUUGUGAAAGUUGGAAUGUUUAGUACAGAAGGGCUGAUCUAUAAGAAGAAGACUCGUCUUCUGAAGUCCACUAAUGGCCAAGUGAAGUGGGGAGAAACGAUGAUCUUUCCAGUUAGCCAAGCUGAACAAGGAAUUAGCUUUCUCAUCAAGCUCUACAGCAGAAGCUCAGUGAGAAGAAAACACUUCCUAGGACAGGUCUGGAUAAGUUCUGAUAGCAGUAACAGUGAAGCAGUAGAGCAGUGGAAUGAUACUAUUGCCAACCCUGAAAAAGUUGUUGUUAAAUGGUACAGUGUUGGUCCAUCUUGAAGACUGGAGGUGAAACUCUGGACUGAUUUUUCUACAAAGACUAAAUAUUAUGAAGAGGAAGACUUAGGAACUGGGGAAAAAUGCUCAUUUGAUUUUAAAAAAUCCACCUUGAAAAUUACAUUUUUUGCCCCUGUCAGGCCCCAUAAAAGCACAGAAAUCCAAUUUUGGAGAGAAGCAGCUUGAAUCAGUGACUUCUUCGCGAGGCACUGAUGUCAUCCUCAUCUGCAGUCUUGUCUCUGGCAGACUCCAAAGUCCAUGGGAAUCAUUCCAGUCAGUGGCUUGAUCCCGGGUACCUCUGACACCAUUCGAUGGCAGUAACGUGUGCCUGAGCAGGUGGGAAGGCCUGUGGCAGUAGAAAGCAUAAAGGGAACCACGCAAUAAGGCAGCACCUGAAGACUUUUCCAAUCUCUGUCUUUGAUGAAGGGUUGUUCGUUACCCUGACAUGCCUGUAGCUUGGGUUCCCCCCAUCCUUCUCUCUAACCAGAGAGACUGAAAGAUAAAAGUCAGAGUUUCUCUCUCUGUGAUCUUUGCAAGUGGAGGCCCUCCAGCCUUGCUUUGUUUGCAUGAAUUCUGGUUGGAAUCAAUGGAAUAAUACAAAGAGGCAACAGCCGUGCCUAGGAUCAGAGCCAAUAUUUUCAGAUAAAUUACUUUCUUCUAUAGAAUUCUUAUACGUAAACCACUUCCUAUCUAAUCAACAAUGUUCUAGCAUUUGCUUACAUUGCUAAAAGCCAGACUAACAUGUACAAAGGAGUAAGCAAAUAUUUACUGUCAUAAGUGCUUUUUGAUAUUAAUUAAAAUGCAGCACAUUAAAGGGACUCAGACAUUGUUUAAAAGAUGGGCUACUACUGCAGAAAUAUUUGUUGCAUGUCUAGGAUGCUGAAAAAACUAUGUGUAGGAGUAUAUUUUUGUUACUUGUUUCUAGCAAGAAGAAAUUACAGUAUUUUUAUUGCAAAUUAUAUUUUUCCUACAAAAUCCUAAGAUUAUUUUUUAUAUUAGUCCCCAUAUUUCCAGAGUUUUAUUCACAUUUAUUUUUAAGGUGGGAAAAUGCCAUGUAUAUAAUCAAUAAUACAUACAUCUAAAAGCACUCUUUGCACUACUUUAACUACUUGAUAUAAAAUACAUAUCUAUAUUCCCUUAAAUCCACUACUUACACAUUUACUGUUGGCUGUCUGGACUGUACAAAUAUGUAUGUUUGUAUAGUCGCUGAAUAAUUGUAUUUUUUUUUUAUAACCUGGAUCCCAUUGAAACACCCGACGUGAACUAGAGUGGCAGCGGGAGCACUCGCUGCUGGAAGGCAAAGGAUCAGUGGGGAGCAGAGAAAACACAGUAACAGGAAAGCACCUUGUAUUUAAGCACAGAGCUUGGAGCACCUUUUUUUUUUUUUUUUACUUUAAGGGUUAAGAAAAGGGGUUUUUUGGCUUUAAGUGUUAAGAAAAAAUGUAAUCUCUUAGCUAUUUUUUUUAAUCUGCUGAUAAUUGAAGCUUUUAAAACUUCAACCAUCCAGAUUUUUGUGGUUGAAAUUUAGUAUUUUGAAAACGGGCAAACAAACGGAUUUUCCCAGGCUCUUGCAUGUUCUGCUUUAUGAUCAGUUUUUAUAAAUGAACUGAAGAAGUUUUUAGAUGUUACUCAGAGAACAAACAUCAGCUUCAGCUCGUACUGACGCUCUUUGCAAAGCUCCCAGUAGGCCCGGAGGAUCUUGACUGACAGCAUUAACUUCCAGCCAGAUGGGACAUCCCACUUGGGAUGAGCCCGGCCUGUUGGGUGAAACAAAAAAGGGAACUGGACAGAGCUGAUAUUCUUGGAGCAUCUUUACCUGAAUACAUGGAUCUUUUUUAUUCAUUGUGGCUGAACUGUUCCCUUAUGCAGAAUGCUGCUCUGCUUGAAAGAGAGGAGCAGGAAUAUCCCAGUGUUUUGGAGGCUUUGAUUACCACAGAAGUGGUUCUACAGAGAUUACCAGCUCAGUGGAGACUGUGUAAAAUCAACUUUUUGGGCUGUUUUAGGACACUUAGGCCUAACUGGUAAUGUCUCCUUUUUCCUAUGUUAAUAUUUAUGUGUUUAUAAUAAAAGUUAUGAACAGAAAAUA